GAUCCAGCAAGAAUCCAUUAUUGCAAGCUCGGGCUUAACAGCAAGAGCGCCCGAUUCCUUAUACACACACACACACAUACAACCAGGUGUCUGUCUACACGGUGAGUUCCGUCCUGGAGACAAGAAUGCCAUCAGGGUCGGCGUAGAGCCACUCGCCGUCGCAAAUCCUGGUUCCAGAAUGUUGACGGGGACGUGCUUCUCGCCCAUCCCCUUCUUGUUGGCCUUCAUAGGGUGCGAGCUGAGAGCCCGGACACCGAUGUCGCAGCCGUUGAUCUCAAUUCUCAUCCACGUCCUUGAUGCAGCCGUUGACCAGGAUACCAGCCCACCCGUUGUUCUGCGCAUGCUGGACGGGGUUGCCGCCAAGGAUGGCGCAGCGCAUGCUGCCGCCACCGUCAACCACGAGGACCCUACCGUGGCCUUUCUCCUCGAGGAACUCGCGGACCAGGACGUUGUCCUCCUAGACCUUGAGCGUGACGAUGGGGCCGGCGAAGACCUGGCACCGUCCGUAGAUCUGGAAGAUGGGCUGGAGCGCGCGGAGCUCGCCGUUCAUGAUCAGGUGAGGGUUAGCGUCGCAUACUUCGGCGGUGGCCAGUGGCAGGGCAGCCAUAUCUUCUUUUUUUAUUAUUUUUUUACUUCUCACUCCUGCUGCUGUCAUGAGAAGACAGGGAAAUCAGAGACUGGACACCAGGAGAUUGAUUCCCCGUCACUCAGUCAGCGGUGUGCAUUCGAUUCUUGGCCCAGAGGAACAUGUGAUUGUGGUGCAGUCACCGGCGCAAUACGGGCUAGCACUUACUUAUGCAUCUACCUACCUACCUUUCCUUUCCUUUCGCGCUCUGGGUCGUGAUUUCGUUGUUGUCUAUCUAUGAAUAUGACUGGAGUGUAUAGGGAAGGGGAUAGAAAUUGCUACCUUGGAUCUGAUUAGACAAUAAUAAUACAGUAUAAGACCAAAGGACAAGGAUAUCGAUAGGAAGGAUGACUCACCAGCACAAGCACAAACGGAUCGGAUCAGAUCUCCGGCGGCGGCGAGGGGAGGGGAGCGGCGCCAAUGGAGUGCGGGUGGAGGGGACGGGAUUUGGGAACGGACAGGAGGGGAAGUGGCCAGUGGGUGGGGUCAAGACAGGCGGCAGACCUAGGCAGCUGGGACUGGGACUGGGAGGACUGGCCGCCUGGGAGGCUGGGACUGCCGGACUGGCCGGCUCACGGCUGCUGGUGCGCCGUGCGCGUGUGCGCGUGUGCGCGCUGCCGCGGGCCCGCGGUGCGCGUGAGUUCGUGACUGCGGCGGUGCAGCCGCCUGCCGCCUGGAGUGAGGACGCCACCCGAUGCUGGGAAGAUUGGCCGUCUGGGACUCUGGGAGUACGCCGCCGGCCGCCUGGGAAGACUUGAAGCGCGUGGGAG